AUGGAAAGCCUCAAGGCGGUGUUCUUUGGGCCCGACCCACAAGCCCAGAUGAGAAAAUGCAAUGCGUUAAUACGCACCAAUACACGGCAACUCGACCGCGAUCUAGCCCGGCUGAAAAUGAGCGAUAACCAGACUCGCCAGCACAUCGUGAAUGCCUCUAAACGAGCCCAGCGAAAUCCAUCCCAGGCCAAACAGGCUACCAAUGACACUAAAGUAUUUGCGAGGGAGCUGGUGCGAAUUCGGAAACAAACUGCACGGCUGCAUACCAGCCGAGCUCAACUACAGAGCGUGGGGAUGCAAGUGAAUGAAGCGUUCUCGGCGCGCAAAAUCCAGGGCAGUCUUCAAAAAUCGACAGGUAUCAUGAAGGAUGUAAACACAUUGGUCCGCCUACCUCAAUUGUCUUCGACCAUGCACCAGCUCUCUUCAGAGUUGGUCAGGGCAGGCAUUAUCGAAGAGAUGGUUGAUGAUGCUAUCACAGACCCUUCAAUGUUCGAGGAUGAGGAGGAUGAAGCAGACUCCGAGAUUGAAAAGAUCUUACAGGAAGUGCUUCAGGGCAAGCUCGCACAGGCCCAGCCUGUCACUGCACCACCUGUGUCCAAAAUCUCAGAGCCCGAAUCCCCACAAGCUGAGGAGGAGUUCGAAGAUCAAGAAGCCACUCUUGCGCAGAUGCGUGGUCGAUUGGAAGCUCUCAAGAGUUAA